ACAAAAAGAAUAGGAAAAAACAAAUAUCACGACAGAGAGGGAGAGACGAAGAAAUGAAAGAAAAAACAGGUUUGAUGGAUACCGGCGGCAUUCAGUCGGAGAAUGCUGAGACAAGAGUAACAUUUCGUAAGCUUUUCAAUGAUGUGGCUAACAGGAAUUAUCGACGACGCCAUUCUCCUGUUAAUGGAUCUCCUUCUUUGGAUGGAAGUCCGAAGCAUGAUCGUAGCUCUAGUCCGGUAGUCCCGAGGGAGGAUGUUCCUAAAGCUUCACAGAGAAGGAAGGAUGAAGAGAAAGAACUGAACCGGGAUUCUGGGAGGAGUCGGUAUGAGAAGAAUAGAGAUUCGUGUAGACAUUCUGAUGGGUAUUCUUCCAGGAGUUCACAUGGGUAUUCUAGGAAUGAUGAUUAUAGUAGACGUGACAGGCGUGUGGAUGAUGGAGAAAGACAUUAUCAGGUGUCUUCCCUUUCUGAUAGGGAGUUGAAGGAUGGUGAGCGUGGUAGGUCAAGGGAUUAUGCGCGAAAUGUGGAGAAAUAUUCUUGUGAUAGAUAUGAUAAUUCAGGGCAUAGAAGGAGGGAUAAAGAGAGAGAAUCAUCGGAGCAUCAGAAGUUGAAAGAUAAGGACUUUUCGCCUGAUAGAGUUGGAUCUGGUAGGAAAUAUACAAGCUCAGCUUCUGAAGAGAAGGAUAGGUAUCGGAACAGGCGGGACAGAGAUGUUUGUGAUGAGAGAAGAGAUCAUCACAGUUCUGGAGAUCAUAAAAGUGAUCGUUCUUCUUACUAUGAGGAAACCCGAUGGCAUCAAAAUGACUCUUCUGGAAGGAAUGGUGGACAUCGCCUUAGAGAACAUUAUAAGAAUGACCCAGAGGAAUUGAAUAGUCAGAAGGAAAAGAAGAAACAUGAUAACUGGGAAAAUAGCAGGGGAAAAAAUCGGUACAGUAAAGCACCAGGGCAGACAAGUGAUGAUAAAUCUAUUUCUGGGAGUGAAAAUCAAGAAUCUCCUGCCAAAAAGCCAAAAUUGUCUAGCUCUAACAAGGACCCUGAUUACAAUGGAGAUGUUAAUGAAAAGCAGCCUUCAAGUUCAUUGCUGGCCCAGGAGGUUGAUAACAAGAUCAAUGAAGGACAGACACAUGCCAAUAGUUCAGAGGCUGCUAAGGACUUCGAUGCUGCAAAGGUUGCUGCUGUGAAAGCUGCUGAAUUAGUUAACAGGAACCUAGUUGGCGGGGGCUUUAUGUCUACCGAGCAGAAGAAGAAGCUGCUUUGGGGGAAUAAAAAGUGUGCUGCUCCGGAAGAGCCUGGUUGCCAGUGGGAUACUGCUAUGUUUGGCGAUCGUGACAGACAAGAGAAAUUCAACAAACUCAUGGGUUUAAAGGGAGAUGUAAAGGUGGAGCACAAACCCGACAGUCAAGAUGCGGAGAAACAAAAGGAACUCCAGAUGGAUCUAGAGAAACAAUAUACUGCUGGGCUUCGACGAAGAGAUGGCCGCACUGUUGGAUUGGGUCUUUGAGCAUCUGUUUAAGAUCUUACCAAACACUGUUUUCUGAUAUUUUGUUGCAAUUCUGUGCAAGAAUCACGAUUCCUGUAAAACUAUAUUUGCUUGCCAUGCAUGCCCUUGGACAUCUAACAUUUUGCCUGAAGAAUGGUCUCCCAAGAGAGGUUUUUCAUCUUUUGA